GUCUUCCUACCUGAAAGAUUGCUUUACAACACUUUACAACAGCGGAAAAGCAAUGGGGAAAUAUUGUACUAUGAAAUAUUUAAGUGGAAAAUGAAACAUGCACCAGGCACAAUUCACCGUUUUUGUGACAGUUCACUGAGUGAUCAAGAAAGGCAAAGUUUGACAUCUUGGAUAAGAAAUUUGGAUGACAGGAGUUCUUGCCAAAGACUGCAGAUUCUAUUUUCCUUUUCUGUUCCUUGUCUUCAUGCACUUGAACAUAUUUUGAACUUAAGCACUCCCAUUAUCUCUGCAGGUGCAGUGAGUAUUACAAAAAAGGGUUACUAUCAUUUUUUAUUUUUCACUGCAUGUACAUUGUACUUACUAUCUUUCUCCUUAUUGGCUAAGAGUUUACAGGUAAGUUUGGAAAUCAGCGCAACCUACAGAUUAGUUAGUUAUCUUCCAGCAGUUAAGUGACCAUGCUGUAGGUUGUGCGUGCAAUGCAUGAUUUAAAAGAGUAAUGUCAAUCUGUCUUCCAUGUGAUGCUCUGUUUGUUCCUAUUUUCUUCAAAACAAUGUAUAAUAUGACAAUUACUAGAUUUGGUUUUUGUGAUAUCCAAAAUAAUCAAAUUUAAAUUAUUGGCUUGCUAAGAUUUAGACAGUUUUGGACUCUCAAAAAUUUGAAAGUCUAGGGUUUUGAAGUCUCAUAAAAUUCUAAACAUAAAGAGGACCCCAAUUUGGCUGUGCAGUAGUCUGCACCACAGAUGAAACUAAACUCUGGUUAAUUCUCCUGUGAAACAGCACCGAAAUCCUUGUUCGGGACCUCCACCUGUGUACCAGGAUUUGAGUACGCGCUAUGAUUGGCCUGUUAAAAUGACACGAUCGAUUUGCCAAUCAGGAUGAAAGGAAUUUCGAAACGCACUUCCCGUAAUUCGCUGAGUCAGUUGGGGGCCCAGAACAGGGACCUCGGCACUGCUUAACAGAUGUUACUAACCAUGGUUAAAUUACAUCUGCAGUGCAGGCUAGGUGUGUAGCAGGGAGACUUUUUUUUACCAUGCAUGAAUAUGUUGUCUUAGGCCUGCUCUUUCCAGCUAAUUUACUUUAUAGUGCCUAUCUUUUGUAGGGGAAUGGUUACUGGGAGUUUCUUCUUCAAGAAAGAGGAGCUGAUAUUCUAGCAUUUGAUCAGAACACUAUUUAUCCACCAGAAAUGAGAUACAUGGAGAUCAUGGUAACUCGAUAAAUCCGUAUUUUCGUAAGUCUAAGAUAGAUGAAAAGUUGAAAAAACUAAAACAGAAAAUUACGGGGUAUAUUGCAUCACCAUUCUCUUGUUUUGGGGCUGUUAAAUACUGUCAGUACCUGCCAGAAGCCCAUAAGGGGUUGAAACGUAUAACUCGCGUUCAAUGCUCGUGAAUAUUCAUUUUGACCAUAUUUGGAAACCUUAGUGACGGAUAUCCAUUUUCAACAAAAUGACUGCCGCGCGAUCACCAUGCAGGUCUUUAAAGACAAGAGUUUUGCAUUUCAAGGUUAAAAAUACACCGUUAAAAGACAAAAAAUGGAAAGAGAAAGUUCAAAAGACUGCUCAGCUUUCUUUUUGUGGAGAAAGGGAAGCUUUUCAUCGAGAAAUGGUCCUUCGAGGAAUUCAACCUUGUUUUCUUCACGGCGGAGCCCAUGGUCUGUUUUGAAAUGCAGCCAAGUCAGCAAAGUUUUUGCUGAAUUUUCAGGUACAUUUUGCACUCUAUGGCCAAGACAACUACGUUUUUGAAAGGGAAUUUAUGUAUUUUUAAAUGUUUCAUAGACGUUUUAUAAAUUUUUCUCUUCGGCGCUAAAGAAAAAUUACAAAAUGUGCCCUGAUUUGAGAUGGAUUUUGUGUUGAAUUUUGCCAUGUGCUUAGCCGAUUUCACUUGCGUGAACGGAUCAACGAUCCAGAUAGUGUUUUCCGAAUUGCUUUAGAGGAUUAACUUUUUGGACUUUGAAUAAAAAUUUUCAAGAAAUGGCUUCUCUGUCUAUUGUUUUGAGUUUGUUCAUUCAUAAAAUUAGCUCAAAACACAAUCGUGACUACAACAUCUAAGUUUAAUUUAAGCUCUUUUAAAAUCCUUCUCACAUUCAUUACAAGCAUCACUUUUUGCGAAGAUGUCAGGUUCAGGUUUUGGACACUUUUCGAUAUGCAGCUAAUGAAUUUUAUUCGAAAAUAUUUUUCACUGUUUAUUCUAGACUUUUAACAUAAGAAUUUUAAAAGCCUAUUUGCAGUAUAAGUUUACUGUGCAGAGGGUCAACGAGGCAUUGUUUUUUGAAGUGAGAACUUCAAGAAGUUGCGAGGCCAUCAAUGGGUUUCAUAAUGUUACGUUUGGCCCGGAUGUGGUAAGGCAAUAAUAUCCUGCUCAGUGUUUCGGUUAUAUUCCUGGUUUCAACCUUUGAAAGCUUUCUCGGCUUUCGGAAGUUUUUCCCCCAUUUGUCGGCCAUUUUUUUAAGCGGGCGCGGGAACCUGAAGGAAAAUUACGUCACGUUGUUCACAAAAUUUGAUUGGUCUGUUAUCUCUUCUUCUCGUUCCAAAUAUGGUACUUUCGAAAAUGAAUAAUCACGAGCAUAGGACAAAGCAAACAUAUGAGAGUUACACGUUUCAACCCCUUAUGAGUUUCUGUACCUGCACAUAUCAGAUCAGCAUUAAAUUCAGCCAGACUCUGUAUUGACAUGUGCAAUGAUUGAUGUGAGGUGUAAAAAGCCUAGCAACAAAACUACUUACAGUGAACAUAAAAAGAGUCAAUGACAAGGCCUGACAAGACAAAAUGCUUUCUGGGUGCUAGUGUUUCAAACUGGUUAAGAUUUGACUAUGUAACCUCAUAUCUCUUUUUCUAAUUUACCAAUUAAUCUUUUUAUAUUUUUGUUAUCAACAAAUUAUUCCCCAGUACUUAAUACUUAUCAUAGAGCUGAUGUAUUUUGCAUACUUUGCUGAGAACUGGUGAGAAAGUUGUCUUGGUUCCGUAAACACUUGUGUUGAUAAGUAACUAGCUUAUCCAGAAGUGCAGAAGUAAUGCAGCAAUGCAUUUUCAUUACUGUAAUUUAUGCAUUUUUCCAUUCCUUUUGUUUACUCAGGAAAGCAAUCCAACCAUUUUGUGUAAUCAUAGUGAGAGAGCAUUGCUUCUGAGCUGGCCUGACCAUGAAGGUGACUUGUAAAUCUAGUAUUGGUGACCAUUGGUGGCAGUACUCAGUAGGGUCUUGGGGCGCAAGUGCAAAGUGUGUGAUAUGGGAGCCGGGGAAGGUGAUCUCAAACCUGUUCAAGUGAAGGGUUAAACAGCCAGUCAACACAUACAUGUCCUCCCUGAAACACAUACAUGUCCUCCCUGAUCUCCCCCAUCCCUGCUACCAUGAUCACAGUUGUAGAAACAGUGCCAUACACAUUACUGGGUAGCACUGUUGCAAUGACAAGCAAUUUUUAACCGCUGUUACUUUACGUAAGCAAUCAUAGAACCCAGUAUAGGUAACUGCAUGCUGUCCCAUAUUCAAGAAGAACAGGAUAGAUGCAGUUUGUUUGCUUUAAAUGGUCAACCAAAAGAAAGCGUUUUCAUUUUUUUAUAUCGUUUGCUUUCUUGUCAGAGGGCUGCUCAUUCUCUCUGGACUGCCUGAGGCAUUACAAAGGAAACACUGUCAUUCAUAUUGGUGAACUAUUUGGUGAGACGCUUUCAACCAAUUCCUGGGGCCAAACCACCUCACGUGAUUUUCAGCUUCGACUUGGCGAGACUUUUCGUUGUGUGUCACGUGUUCAGCUCCCAAACUGGCCCGGUCACAUGGACUCAUUAACUGUUUGGUCACGUGCUCCACAGCCCGUAGAGUGUUAUGGGGCGGAAAUGGUGUUUAUAAACUUAAAGAAUCCAAGAUACAUAGGCUGGAGUGACAGCUAA